AACAUGCUCCCAGGAUCCGCUUGACAGUCAGCAGCUAAACAACAUACUUGGAAGUUGAACAACUUUCCUGAACUAACUCAUUUAAAAGACUAUAGGAAAGUGAUCUUCUCCCAUUUUAAAGCGUAUAUAGCUAGGGGUUCAAAUGUGUAAUUAUUGAUGGAUUCGAGGUAUGAAAUCAAGCGGAUGGCCGGUGGCGGGGGAUCAGCGAAUGCUUCCCCCGCUUUGGGGGCACAGUCUCGCCGCAGGAAGAUGCCGCCGAGGCCCGCUGAUUACAAACUUCAAAUUAUCAUUAUCGGCUCCCGUGGCGUGGGAAAAACCAGUCUAAUGGAAAGAUUUACAGACGACACUUUCUGUGAAGCAUGCAAAUCAACUGUUGGAGUAGAUUUUAAGAUCAAGACGGUGGAGCUGAGAGGGAAGAAGAUCAGGUUGCAAAUCUGGGAUACAGCUGGUCAGGAGAGGUUCAACAGUAUAACCUCCGCCUACUACCGUGGGGCCAAAGGGAUAGUACUGGUCUAUGACAUCACCAAGCAGGAAACCUUCGACGACCUUCCCAAGUGGAUGAAGAUGAUCGACAAGUAUGCUUCAGAGGAGGCAGAGCUGCUGCUAGUGGGGAACAAGCUGGACUGUGAGACGGACCGCAUCGUCACUAAACAGACUGCCGAGAGGUUUGUCUCCAGGAUAUCUGGGUUGCGAUUCUGCGAGGCCAGUGCCAAGGAUAACUUUAACGUGGAGGAGUGCUUUCUGAAACUAGUGGACGACAUUCUAGCAAAGAUGCCUCUGGAGAUUCCCAGUAGGGAGCUUUCCAACAGUAUCCUGUCUCUGCAGCCUGAACCAGACGUUCCUCCUGAGUUCAACCCGCCACGCAUGCGCUGUUGCUGAGACCCCCCUACCCCUUCCACCUCCACCAUCCUCCAUCCUCCCUGCUGAGACCCCCUACCCCUUCCACCUCCACCAUCCUCCAUCCUCCCUGCUGAGAACCCUUACCCCUUCCUCCAUCCUCCCUGCUGAGACCCCCUACCCCUUCCACCAUCCUCCCUGCUGAGACUCCCUACCCCUUCCACCUCCACCAUCCUCCAUCCUCCCUGCUGAGACCCCCUACCCCUUCCACCAUCCUCCAUCCUCCCUGCUGAGACCCCCUACCCCUUCCACCCUGCUGAGACCCCCUACCCCUUCCACCAUCCUCCAUCCUCCCUGCUGAGACCCCCUACCCCUUCCUCCAUCCUCCCUGCUGAGACCCCCUACCCCUUCCACCAUCAUCCAUCCUCCCUGCUGAGACCCCCUACCCCUUCCACCAUCCUCCAUCCUCCCUGCUGAGACCCCCUACCCCUUCCACCAUCCACCCUGCUGAGAACCCCUACCCCUUCCACCAUCCUUCCUGCUGAGACCCCCUACCCCUUCCACCAUCCACCCUGCUGAGAACCCCUUCCACCAUCCUCCAUCCUCCCUGCUGAGACCCCCUACCCCUUCCACCAUCAUCCAUCCUCCCUGCUGAGACCCCCUACCCCUUCCACCAUCCUCCAUCCUCCCUGCUGAGACCCCCUACCCCUUCCACCAUCCACCCUGCUGAGAACCCCUACCCCUUCCACCAUCCUUCCUGCUGAGACCCCCUUCCACCAUCCUCCCUCCACCCUGCUGAGAACCCCUACCCCUUCCACCAUCCUUCCUGCUGAGACCCCCUUCCACCAUCCUCCCUCCACCCUGCUGAGAUCCCCUACCCCGUCCACCAUCCACCCUGCUGAGACCCCCCUACCCCUUCCACCAUCCUCCAUCCUCCCUGCUGAGACCCCCUACCCCUUCCACCAUCCACCCUGCGGAGACCCCCUACCCCUUCUGGCCACCGGAGGAGAGCAGAACCCUUCUGGCCACUGGAGGAGAGCAGAACCCUUCUGGCCACUGGAGGAGAGCAGAACCCUUCUGGCCACUGGAGGAGAGCAGAACCCUUCUGGCCACUGGAGGAGAGCAGAACCCUUCUGGCCACUGGAGGAGAGCAGAACCCUACUGGCCACUGGAGGAGAGCAGAACCCUUCUGGCCACUGGAGGAGAGCAGAACCCUUCUGGCCACUGGAGGAGAGCAGAACCCUUCUGGCCACUGGAGGAGAGCAGAACCCUUCUGGCCACCGGAGGGCAGCAGAACCAAGCAGCAGUCUGGAAGCCUCCCAAAUUGCACUAUUCUCUUCAUAGUGCACUACUUUUGACCAGUCUUUCUAGGGGACAGGCUGUCAUUUGGGACGCAGGCUCAGGUGCUCCUGCUUAGACACACCUGCUCAGGUGUUCCUGCUUAGACACACCUGCUCUGAUAGACGUCCUCCCAGUUCUACUUCUGGGGCUGUAUGAUAUGACACACACACUAACUAAUACAGAGACCUUGUUAAGACACACACACACACACACACGUACAGUAUACACCUGUACACACACACGUACAGUAUACACCUGUACACACACACGUACAGUAUACACCUGUACACACACACACGUACAGUAUACACCUGUACACACACACGUACAGUAUAUACCUGCCCCAGACUACUUCGUCCCGGGGCCCGCUUGGCUAGCUGUGCCUUGCAGCCAGGUGCAUCCUAGUUAGAGAGAGAGAGAGAGAACCCUACACACACACACACACACACACACAUAUAGCUCAACACAGUUCAACACACACACACACACUCUAUAUGAGGGAGCUCCUUGUUCCUCCUGCUCUGUAGACCUAGUAACUGUAAGGACUCUGUAUCUCUACUGAACAACAUGGAAAAAGGACACGUGUCACAUUGCACAAUUCUUUCUUUAGGUACAUUUGGAUGGAAAUGUAUUUUUGUACAUAGUUUAAUAUAGACAGUUUUUUUUUUAAAUGAUAGAUUAUCACGUAGUAACUUAGGUCAAAAAAAAUACAAGUAGACAGACACGGUAGUUAGUGUAGAAUCAGAUGUACUGUACCAGUCAAAAUGUUGGACAAACCUACUCAUUCAAGGGUUUUUCUUCAUUUAAAAAGAAAUAUAUUUUCUACAUUGUAGACUAAUUGUGAAGACGUCAAAACUAUGAAAUAACACAUAUGGAAUCAUGUAGGAACCAAAAAAAGUGUUAAACAAAUCAAAAUAUAUUUGAGAUUCUUCAAAGUAGCCACCUUUUGCACACUCUUGGCAUUCUCUCAACCAGUUUCACCUGGAAUGCUUUUCCAACUGUCUUGAAGGAGUUCCCACGUAUGCUGAGCACUUGUUGGCUUCUUUUCCUUCGCUCUGCGGUCCAACUCGUCCCAAACCAUCUCAAUAGAGUUGAGGUCGGGUGAUUGUGGUGGCCAAGUCAUCUGAGGCAGCACUCCAUCACUCUCCUUCUUGGUCAAAUAGCCCUUACACAGCCUGGAGGUGUGUUGGGUCGUUGUCCUGUUGAAAAAUAAAUUAUAGUCCCACUAAGAGCAAACCAGAUGGGAUGGCGGCGUAUUGCUGCAGAAUGCUGUGGUAACCAUGCUAGUUGUGUGCCGUGAAUUCUAAAUAAAUCAUUGACAGUGUCUCCAGCAAAGCACCCUCACACCUCCUCCUCCAUGCUUCACGGUGGGAACCACACAUGCGGAGAUCAUCCGUUCACCUACUCUGCGUCUCACAAAGACACGUUGUUUGGAAACAAAGAUCUCGAAUUUGGACUCAUCAGACCAAAGGACAUUGUUUAUUGGCCCACACAAGUCUCUUCUUAUUGGUGUUCUUUAGUAGUGGUUUCUUUGCAGCAAUUUGACCAGGAAGGCCUGAUUCACACAGUCUCCUCUGAACAGUUGAUGUUGAGAUGUGUCUGUUACUUGAACUCUCUGAAACAUUUAUUUGGGCUGCUAUCUGAGGCUGGUAACUCCAGUGAAUGUAUCCUCUGCAGCAGAGGUAACUCUGGGUCUUCAUUUCCUGUGGCGGUCCUCAUGAGAGCCAGUUUCAUCCUAGCGCUUGAUGGUUUUUGCGACUGCACUUGAAGGAACUUUCAAAGUUCUUGAAUUGUUCCGGGUUGACUGACUGUCAUGGCUUAAAGUAAUUAUGGACUCAUUUCUCUUUGCUUAUUUGAGAUGUUCUUGCCAUAAUAUGGACUUGGUCUUUUACCAAAUAGGGCUAUCUUCUGUAUACCACCCCUACAUUGUCACAACACACCUGAUUGGCUCAAACGCAUUACGAAGGAAAGAAAUUCUACAAAUGAACUUUUAACAAGGCACACCUGUUAAUUGAAAUGCAUUCCAGGUGACUACUGGUUGAGAGAAUGCCAAGAGGGUGUAACGCUGUCAUCAAGGCAAAGGGUGACUACUUUGAAGAAUCUUAAAUAUAAAUGUUUGGGUUAGUAUAUGAUUCCAUAUGUGUUAUUUCAUAGUUUUGAUGUCUUCACUAUUAUUCAAUGUGGAAAAUAGUAAAACUAAAGAAAAACUCAAACUUUUGACUGGUACUGUAUAUGUUGUCAUUUUGGGGCUGACGUCAUGGAUAUUCUAUCAGAAAACCGCCUAGCGGCCAUUUUGUAUUGGACAGGACCAUCUGUGUCAACAAUUUCAACGUGUUUUCUUUUUUAAACGGACAAUAAUGCCAAAUCGCCGGUGUCGUGUUAAUUUACAGUGCAUUAGGAAAGUAUUCAGACCCCUUGACUUUUUCCACAUUUUGUUAAAGUUACAGCCUUAUUCUAAAAUGGAUUAAAUAAAAUAAUGUCCUCAUCAAUCUACACACAAUACCCCAUAAUGACAUCACAAUACCUCAUAAUGACAUCACAAUACGCCAUAAUGACAUCACAAUACGCUAUAAUGACAUCACAACACCCCAUAAUGACAUCAAUACCCCAUAAUGACAAAAACAGAAAUACCUUAUUGACAUAAAUAUUCAGACCCUUUGCUAUGAGACUCAACAUUGACCUCAGGUGCAUCCUGUUUCCAUUGAUCGUCCUUGAGAUGUUUCUACAACUUGAUUGGAGUCCACCUGUGGUAAAUUCAAUUGAUUGGACACGAUUUGGAAAGGCACACACCUGUCUAUAUAAGGUCUCACAGUUGACAGUGCAUGUCAGAGCAAAAACCAAGCCAUGAGGUUGGAAUUGUCUGUAGAGCUCUGAGAGAGGAUUGUGUCGAGGCACAGAUCUGGGGAAGGGUACCAAAACAUUUCUGCAGCAUUGAAGGUCCCCAAGAACACAGUGGCCUCCAUUCUUACAUGGAAGAAGUUUGGAACCACCAAUACUUUUCCUAGAGCUGGCCGCCCAGCCAAACUGAGCAAUCGGGGGAUAAGGGCCUUGGUCAGGGAGGUGACCAAGAACCAGAUGGUCACUCUGACAGAGCUCCAUAGCUCCUCUGUGGAGAUGGGAAAACCUUCCAGAAGGACAACCAUCUCUGCAGCACUCCCCCAAUCAGGCCUUUAUGAUAGAGUGGCCAGAUGGAAGCCACUCCUCAGUAAAAGGCACAUGACAGCCCUCUUGGAGUUUGCCAAAAGGCACCUAAAGGACUCUGCCCAUGAGAAACAAGAUUCUCUGGUCUGAUGAAACCAAGCAUCACAUCUGGAGGAAACCUGGCACCUUCCCUACGGUGAAGCAUCGUGGUGGCAACUAGUUAGGAUUGAGGGAAAGAUGAACGGAGAAAAGUACAGAGAGAUCCUUGAUGAAAACCUGCUCAGGACCUCAGACUGGGGCGAAGGUUCACCUUCCAACAGGACAACGACCCUAAGCACACAGCCAAGACAACGCAGGAGUGGCUUCGGGACAAGUCUCUGAAUGUCCUUGAGUGGCCCAGCCAGAGCACAGACUUAAACCCAAUCGAACAUCUCUGGAGAGACCUGAAAAUAACUGUGCAGCGACACUCCCCAUCCAACCUGACAGAGCUUGAGAAGAUCUGCAGAGAAGAAUGGGAGAAACUCCCCAAAUACAGGUGUGCCAAGCUUGUAGCAUCAUACCCAAGAAGACUGGAGGCUAUAAUCGCAAAGGUGCUUCAACAAAGUACUGAAUAAAGGGUCUGAAUACUUAUGUAAAUGUGAUGUUUCAGUUUUAUAUUUUUUAUGAAUUUGAAGAAAGAAAAAAAUCUAAACUUGUUUUUGCUUAAUUGAAUAACAAUUUAAUACAUUUUAGAGUAAGGCUUUAACGUAACAAAAAGUGAAGCGGUCUGAAUUAUUUUCCCCGAAUACACUUUGUGUUGCCUUACAUUCAUUAUGAGUGGCUUGGAUGGUUUUCUGAUCCGUUUUAGUUUUCAUUGUAGUGUUUUGCACUACAAUCCACGAUAGCUAGUUCAGGUCCUAUGCUGAAGUGAGGCAAGGCAGGUUAAAAUGGAUUCAGUAUUAAACUAGUUAGCAGCACUAAUAAUGCCCAAAUACCUUGUUUUCAGUGUUAAACCUUAUCAGUGCCACUCCUGGGGUCACAUUCAUUCGUGCACACUAUACCAAAACCGUUUUGCAACAACAACAAACUUUGCCCCCCCUAAUUGGGUUAGUCCCCUAUUUCAGUCUCUCAAUCUCUAUGAAGAUAUGAGGUGUCUAUAUAGUCAGUCUAUAUGAGGUGUCUAUAUAGUCAGUCUAUAUGAGGUGUCUACAUAGUCAGUCUAUAUGAGGUGUCUACAUACAGUCAGUCUAUAUGAGGUGUCUAUAUAGUCAGUCUAUGAUGAUAUGAGGUGUCUAUAUAGUCAGUCUAUGAUGAUAUGAGGUGUCUAUAUAGUCAGUCUAUAUGAGGUGUCUAUAUAGUCAGUCUAUAUGAGUUGUCUACAUAGGCAGUCUAUAUGAGGUGUCUAUAUAGUCAGUCUAUAUGAGGUGUCUACAUAGGCAGUCUAUAUGAGGUGUCUAUAUAGUCAGUCUAUAUGAGGUGUCUAUAUAGUCAGUCUAUGACGAUAUGAGGUGUCUAUAUAGUCAGUCUAUGACGAUAUGAGGUGUCUAUAUAGUCAGUCUAUAUGAGGUGUCUACAUACAGUCAGUCUAUAUGAGGUGUCUACAUAGUCAGUCUAUAUGAGGUGUCUAUAUAGUCAGUCUAUAUGAGGUGUCUAUAUAGUCAGUCUAUAUGAGGUGUCUAUAUAGUCAGUCUAUAUGAGGUGUCUGCAUACAGUCAGUCUAUAUGAGGUGUCUAUAUGAGGUGUCUACAUAGUCAGUCUAUGACGAUAUGAGGUGUCUAUAUAGUCAGUCUAUGACGAUAUGAGGUGUCUAUAUAGUCAGUCUAUGACGAUAUGAGGUGUCUAUAUAGUCAGUCUAUAUGAGGUGUCUACAUACAGUCAGUCUAUAUGAGGUGUCUACAUAGGCAGUCUAUAUGAGGUGUCUAUAUAGUCAGUCUAUAUGAGGUGUCUACAUACAGUCAGUCUAUAUGAGGUGUCUACAUACAGUCAGUCUAUAUGAGGUGUCUGCAUACAGUCAGUCUAUAUGAGGUCUCUAUGAAGAUAUGAGGUGUCUACAUACAGUCAGUCUAUAUGAGGUGUCUACAUACAGUCAGUCUAUAUGAGGUGUCUACAUACAGUCAGUCUAUGUAGACACCUCAUAUAGACUGACUACAUACAGUCAGUCUAUAUGAGGUGUCUAUACAGUCAGUCUAUAUGAGGUGUCUACAUACAGUCAGUCUAUAUGAGGUGUCUACAUAGGCAGUCUAUAUGAGGUGUCUAUAUAGUCAGUCUAUAUGAGGUGUCUACAUACAGUCAGUCUAUAUGAGGUGUCUAUAUAGUCAGUCUAUAUGAGGUGUCUAUAUAGUCAGUCUAUAUGAGGUGUCUGCAUACAGUCAGUCUAUAUGAGGUGUCUAUAUAGUCAGUCUAUAUGAGGUGUCUACAUACAGUCAGUCUAUAUGAGGUGUCUAUAUAGUCAGUCUAUAUGAGGUGUCUACAUACAGUCAGUCUAUAUGAGGUGUCUGCAUACAGUCAGUCUAUAUGAGGUCUCUAUGAAGAUAUGAGGUGUCUACAUACAGUCAGUCUAUAUGAGGUGUCUACAUACAGUCAGUCUAUAUGAGGUGUCUACAUACAGUCAGUCUAUAUGAGGUGUCUACAUACAGUCAGUCUAUAUGAGGUGUCUACAUACAGUCAGUCUAUGUAGACACCUCAUAUAGACUGACUACAUACAGUCAGUCUAUAUGAGGUGUCUAUACAGUCAGUCUAUAUGAGGUGUCUACAUACAGUCAGUCUAUAUGAGGUGUCUACAUACAGUCAGUCUAUAUGAGGUGUCUAUAUAGUCAGUCUAUAUGAGGUGUCUAUACAGUCAGUCACAGGGUUCUCUCUUUGUACAGACUCCAAAAAAACAUGUUGCUUUUGAAGUACACUUUAUUUUUGGUACUAAUAUUGUCAUGGUAAUGUUAUUAUCCUCAUGUUUUUCACUUCCUCUUAAGUUGAAAUACUACCAAAAAAAAGUGAUCUGUGUCCCUCCAUAGAUAUGUUACUAUUUCUGUGUUGCAUUUUAGAGCGGACAGAAAUGAAAGUGUAAAGACGACAUGUUCGUUUUGUUUAUCGGGGAAAGUUUUUGGUGGUGCAACAUUCAGUUUUGGGAUGAAUUAGGAAUUGAUUUUGAGUGACUCGAUUGGCUCGUGUAGAUCAUUUUAAUGGUGAACUACUCCUUAAAUUCAACAUGGUAGGUCUACUACAUAGAUCAAACCCCAACAAGAAAUGAUUGAAAUGGUCAAAAACAAGAAAUCUCUGUGAAGUUAAAGAUAUGUGUUUUGGAAUGCUUUUGUACCGUUACACCAGCUAUCUGGGGAGGAUUCUUGUCAUUGUGACUUUAGUAAUAGUUGUAUUGAGUAAUAGUUGUAUUUCAGUAAUAGUUGUCUUUAGUAAUAGUUGUAUUUAGUAAUGGUUGUAUUUCAGUAAUAGUUGUAUUUCAGUAAUAGUUGUAUUUAGUAAUGGUUGUAUUUCAGUAAUAGUUGUCUUUUAGUAAUAGUUGUCUUUAGUAAUGGUUGUCUUUUAGUAAUAGUUGUAUUUCAGUAAUAGUUGUAUUGAGUAAUAGUUGUCUUUUAGUAAUAGUUGUCUUUAGUAAUAGUUGUCUUUUAGUAAUAGUUGUAUUUCAGUAAUAGUUGUCUUUAGUAAUAGUUGUCUUUAGUAAUGGUUGUAUUUAGUAAUAGUUGUAUUUCAGUAAUAGUUGUCUUUUAGUAAUAGUUGUAUUUCAGUAAUAGUUGUCUUUUAGUAAUAGUUGUCUUUAGUAAUGGUUGUCUUUAGUAAUAGUUGUCUUUAGUAAUGGUUGUCUUUAGUAAUAGUUGUCUUUAGUAAUGGUUGUCUUUAGUAAUGGUUGUUUGAAAGGCCUCAGAUUGAAGGUUUAUACCUUUCAACUGUUAAUGAAAUGUCAGUGAUGGAAAUGUUGGGUCAAGGGUCAAGAAAGGCUCCCACUCAAAUUGAUUGUUGUCUAGAUUGUCCUAUCAAUAUACACAUAAUAGUUUAGGUCAAAAUGCAUAGUCAAGAUACAGGUAACUGCCAAAGAAAGGAUACAUUUGAAAAACCGGUGCUUCCACACAGGUGUGGUUCCUGAGUUAAUUAAGCAAUUCACAUCCCAUCAUACUUAGGGUCCCAUCUUCAGCUGCUACACUGGUCCAACCCUCAAGGCACUGGUCAUUGCUGAUUGGCUAGUCCAGUACAUCUUUUAGAAUCUAAUGCCCGACCUUACCUGACUGUCACCAACGGGACUGUCACCAGCUGACUGUCACCAGCUGGAUUGUCACCAGCUGGACUGUCACCAGCUGGAUUGUCACCAACGGGACUGUCACCAACGGGACUGUCACCAACGGACUGUCACCAGCUGGACUGUCACCAACGGGACUGUCACCAACGGGACUGUCACCAGCUGGACUGUCACCAGCUGACUGUUAGGCUAUGAUAACAUUAACUCUAAUUUAACCCUUUGAGCUGCUAUUGUCUAUUGUUUUCUUGGUCGUAUUUCUUUGUGGUUCUUGGAUGUGUUUCUGGUGCGGGUUACGGGUUACAUACAGGAGUGGAAUUGACACGUAAAAAAUCUCCACAUUUUUGAGCUGAAUGUGAUACAUUCAUUCAGUGAUACAACAGUUGUGACUCGCCUUUUUCCCCACCUUCAAUUCCACUCCUGGUUACAUGUUUUAGAUUGUUAGAUUGAGAAGGAGUCCGAUCAAGUAUCAAUCAAUCAAUCAAAAGAUCGAUAGAUUGAUUGAGAUCAAGUAUUAAAUAAAUGUACACUACCCCCCCCCCCCCUCAGUUAGUAAUAAACAUGGCAUUGACCAUCUCCGUUCUACAGACAAGUCUAUCUAUACUCUCUGGUGGGGGGGUUCGGAAGAGGAGAGGGAUUGGCCCGACGGCUCGCGUUGGCCCGACGGCUCGCGUUGGCCCGGCGGCUCGCGUUGGCCCGGCGGCUCGCGUUGGCCUAACGCCCUAUGAGGUUACUUUAUGCUGCUGUUUCCUUUGUUUUGGCAGGUACCUUUGUUUUGGCAGGUACCUGUGUUUUGGCUGUUUCCUUUGUUUUGGCAGGUACCUGUGUUUUGGCUGUUUCCUUUGUUUUGGCAGGUACCUGUGUUUUGGCAGGUACCUUUGUUUUGGCAGGUACCUGUUACACACAUCCUUUUAAAGCUGUAAUCUACUCAAACUGACACGUCUGUUUGAGAUAUUACAACAACAACAACAACAAAAUGAUUGCAAACAAACAACCAACAUGGCCCCUCCCCCCUCUGACAUCAUUGCACAUGCGAUUAGAACAGCAGUAUAUGUCCUGCUAUUUAUUUUCCCUUGGUGAUCCCCAACACUGCUUCAUCAACAGAGCAAAACCCAUACCAACGAUGCUGGGGGAGGACCGUGUCCAUGUGCCCCCCGCAGAUUCCAUCUUUUUAAAGAUGAAAGACAUCACUGUGUAUUAGAGUUGGGGUUCAUUUGUAUUAAACUCAGUGACUUAUUAAGGAAAUUAUAUGAAUUUAAAAUUGAAUUUUGUAAAAUAAGUUUUCAUAUAAAUGUCAGUUUACUUAGAAGUAAUUUUUGUUCCAAUUAUAGUUUACUUCCUGAAUUGACUGAAUUCACCUCAAGCCUGCUUUUAUAUAAAACAAGUUUGAGUUAUUUGGAAAAUAAAAAAACAGUUGUCAUGUUUUGAAGUGGAUUUUUGGUAUUGAUAACAUUUUUUUGUUGCAUUCUUUAACUAAUGAAGUGCGAAUAAAGAUAUAUAUUUAUUACCCAAA